AUGUCGUUCUACCGGCCGCGGGCGUCGAAGAUCGUCGUGCCGCCGCCGGACCACCUCAUGCGGCCGCCGGACAUGCGGUCGAAGCCCGCGGCGCCGCCGCCGACGCGCGCGUCGGCGCCGCGGUUCCGCUCGGCGGGCGCCAUGCGCAUGGCGCCGAAGCAGCCGUCGGUGCCCGGCAGCAUCGCGUCGCAGCCGUCCAUGGACGAGUCGUCCGGCGGCUCCAACGAGGCGUCGACGCCGCGGGCCCGCGCGAGCGCCCAGUUCCCGACGCGGCCGCGGAGCGCGCCCGCGCGGCGGCCCAAGAAGCCGCACCGCGAGCCCGGCGUCGGGCUCAACCUGCCGCGCGACGGCGCCCGGGGCUACGGCGGCAAGGGCGGCAAGACGCCCACGAAAGGCCAGGUGCGCGACUGGCUCAUCGACCUCCUCGCCGACGCCGAGAAGGCCACGGUGGACGAGAUCGCGAAGGAGCGAGACGAGGGCGACGGCGGCGGCGACGCCGCGCUCGCGCGCGCGGACACGGGCCUGACGGCGCCGACGGCGGCGUCGGCGCACCACGCCCUCGCCGCCGCGGGCCGGCACCGCUACACGCGGAGCUCGUCGCCCUGGUGGGUCCGCGCGGGCCAGCUCGACGGCGGCGCCGUCGUGUUUUCCCAGCUCCGGGAAUUACUGGCCGAAAUGCGCGAGUCGCGCGCGCACGUCACCAAACUCGAGGCGCGCGUCCUCGACGCCGAGACGAACGACAAGGCCAAGGGCGAGCGCGUCGAACUACUGGAGGCGCAGCUCGCGGACGCGCGCGCGGCGCUCCGCAACGCGACGAUGCGCCGCGAGUCCGCCGAGGCCGCGCGGACGUUGGCGGAAGCGAACCAGAAGAAGGCCGAGGCGAAGGCCACGGCCUGCGGCGUCGCGACGGAGCGCGCGGAGCAGCGCGUCGAGCAGAUGCGCGUCGCGUCCGACAAGGCCUACGAGAUGCUCGCCGCGCACGACACUUUGGUGUCCCAGAAGGAGGCCUUCCUCUACUGGCGCAUGAUGGCCUACAAGACGGGCAUCGCCCACUGGCAGGCCAUCCACGCGGCGACGGCGUCCGACCUGGCGACCGCGGGCAAGGACCGCGCGGACGUGGCCUCCGAGAACGACGCUCUAAAGGGCGAGAUCGCGGCGCUCCACCUCGACCUCGCGAAGCUCCGCAAGGAGCUCCACGAGGCCCACGAGCUCCUGCGAAGCUUCCGCGUCGAGGAGCCGCGCCAGCGGCGAAGCGUCGUCUCCACGCUGACGAACGCGUACAAGGACGGGCCGCGCCGGUUCUCGCUGCCGGACCCCGAGGACAUCCUCAAGCUCCAGGAGCUCGUCACGGUGGAGGAGAGCGAGGCCAGCAGCCACUCGACGCGCGACUCGCGGACGCUGACGACGGCGCACCAGGCCUUCGCCGCCGCGCUCCACCACCCGCACGCCGCGCCCCACGACCGCGCCGCGCCGCCGCCGCACGCCGCGCCGCUCCACGACGUCGACCCGAGCCGCUUCGCGGACGUGCCGUCGCCCGUCGCGUCCGUCCAGCACGAGGGGUCCAAGACCUUCCCCGCCGACGAGAACGAGAACCCGACGAUCCGGCCGCCGGAGGUCCGCGUGAGCCCCAAGGGCAAGUUCGCCAAGGUCGGCCACGCGGUCCGCAUGACGCUCGCGCAGCGCCAGACGUCCGCCGCGAAGAACAUGCGCCGACACAUGGGCAACAAGAAGCAGAAGCCCCAGCUCCGGAAGCAGCUCACGGCGCCGGGGCCCAUGAACCGGGGGACCGUGUCGGGGUCGUCGCUGCUGUAA